AUGCGGAGGUAUUCUGUGCAAGCAAUAAGAAAUCUCGACUUAAUUAGUCGAAAUAAGAGUACCCUUGCAACGCCUCAGAGCAUCGAAAAUAGAUUGAAAGGGAAAGAUAACAAACCAUUGGUAUCAAUUUUACCUAGUUUAAUUGAUCGACAUUUACAAAAAAAUAGGAAUGAUUUAGAUCCAGAUUAUCGAGCGAAAUUAUUAGGUUAUUUAUAUCACCGCCAAGCUUACUCUGCAUUGCUACGUGUAGGACCUAGGCUACUUUAUGAAAAUGAAUAUAUUAAUGCCAAAACACGAAUAAAAAAUGACAAUGGUAAUGAUAAUAAUAGUAAUUUUCUCCGGUACGAUUGGAAAAGAUUCGAGUUGAAAUAUUUUCUGUUUUCUUUAAUCCAAACUGGUAAGUUCAAAUCGCUUGAUCUAGUGGUUUGUAAGCUGAUAACACAUUUUUCAUUAACACGAAAAUCAGAUGUUAUAUAUUUAAUUAAUUCAGUGUUAAUCAAAAUGGAAAAAUAUCACCUAGAGACUAACAAACAAUUAAAUCCCAAGGAAAUAAUAUUCAAAUGGGUAAAAUGGAUGAACAUACUAAAUGGGCAUUGUGAAUUCAACAACUAUAUUACAAACUCUAGUAUAUUGAGACCAUUUCUAGAGUUUAUUGUACGGCUUUCCAAGAAGAAGGAACCGGCAUUCUUUUAUGAAGUACUUGAUGAGAUAAGAAAUCGUCAAGGUCUCCACACGGUAUCACAAUUUUCCACUACAUUGAUUCAAUUAUUUAACCAUUAUAGAAGAUUUGGUAUGAUUGAAUCCAUCUGGUUUUAUAAAACGAACAAGAAUUUACCCAUUGUUAGUUCAGAUUUGACAUCCAUUUUAAGAACAUUCUGUCAUUUAGGUAAGUAUGAUUUGGUAGGUUCUAAUUAUAUGGAAUAUCCUGAAGCACAUGAUGAUAAUUCUCAAUUUGAUUAUUGUCUAAUUGCCUAUGCAAACCUCCAUGAUUGGGAAUCAUUACAAAAGCAAUUCAAUGCUCUUUUCGGUAUAGGGAAACUGCCCAACAUUCAACAGUAUGGGAUCGUUAUGUUUGCACUAGCCAGAUUAGGUGAAUUAGAAAGUGUUGAGAAACUAUAUUCGCAGUUAUUGAGAAGAGAUAUGCUUCCAACAUAUGCUGUUUUAGAAUCAUUGUUAUUGGCGCAUUAUAAAGUCGGUGAUUAUGAUAGCUGCUUUACUCAUUAUGAAUUUUUUGAAAAAUAUGAUGUCAAACCAUCUAAAUAUACAUACGCGAUAAUCUUUAAAGCAUAUCGUGGAUUGAAUGAUAUUGAAGGUGCCUUAAGGUUUUUAAAAAGAAAAACGAUGAAGAAACAAGUAGAAUUCACUGAGAGUCAUUUUGCAACUUUAAUACAAACAACCUCCAAAACUACUAAUUAUGUCGUCGGGAAAGAACUCUACCAAAUAAUGCAAAGUGUGUAUAAGAUCACUCCCAGUGGUAAGUCCGUAGCAGCUCUUAUGGAUGUUUACAUUGAAUCUGGGUUAUAUGAUGAAUCAAUCAAAUUGUUCAAGUCAUAUAUUGCCAAUAAAAAAGAUCAAUUUAUCGAUGAUAAUGUUGUUCCUGUAUAUAAUAAGGCAAUAUUGACAUAUAUUAAUAUCAAUGAUGCACACAAAUGCGAAGAACUUAUUGAAUAUGUCAUUAAUUCCAAACUUCCGACAGAUGCAUAUUUCUACGAAGUAUUAAUAAAAUAUAUGGUAAAACUUCAAGGUAAUUUUGAUUCUGCAAUUGAAACUAUAGAUCAAUUAAUGAAUCAUCCAACAAUAACGGUAAAACCAUCUCAUUUUGAGAUAAUAAUGUCAGCAUAUUAUAAGAUUUCAUACUACGAAGGUAUUUUCCAACUAUACAAGAAGAUGACACAAAUGAAUAUCCCUGUAAAUUCUCCAAUACUUUUAUAUUUAAUCAAAUCAACUUUCAAAUAUAGUAUCAAUGAUAAAGAAAAACUGUCAGAUGCAAUUAAAAUGUUAGAACAAAUUAUGGAAAAUGCUGCCAAGGGACAUUUAAACGUUUCCAUUAAGAAGUUACAUCCUUCCAUAGUAGCAUGGCCAAUGAGGAUAAUAAGUAAAUAUUCUAGUUCUAAGAAAGCAUUGGAACUUUUGAAUAAAUAUAAUGAAUUAUUUUAUGGUAAAGAUAAUCCAAUUAUUAAUAGUAAGUUGACUAUAAUGAGAUCAUUACUGGUAUUAUUUGGUGAAAUUGAACAAUGGGAUGAUUUUAAAUUCAUGUUUGAUAAAUAUCUCGCUAGGAUUGAGUAUUUAAAUACUUUACCAUCAAGUACAGUUCCUAAUAAGAAUUUCAAAACAUUAUUAAUUGGAAUAAUUCCAUAUGAAUUACGGUUUUUAAUUGCCACGAGACAACUAGAUCAAUUACCGAAAUAUCUUGAGGCUUGGCAAGAAAAGGGGUUUAUUUGGGAUAAUGAUUCAUGGAAUGAUAUAAUAUUAGCAUAUUUUAUGGAUCCUCAAAUGAUAGAAGAAGGUAUGAAACUUGUUAAUGAUAAGUUUAUUCAUGGAUUUAAUUUGAUACAUAAGAUCAGAUUGUUACGGAAUGAAAAUAAAGAGGAUACAAACAUUAGAUCGAAUAAUGAAACGAGGAGGGCUCUACCUAGUAUUAUGAAAUUAAAAGAAGAAAAUCCAGAAAAUUUUAUACCGAAACUUUAUUUGACAUCAGAUGUGAAAACACGAAUUAUGCAAUUGUUAGAUAAUUAUUUGAAUUCUACUGACAAUAAAGAAGCCAAGUUGAAAGAAUUUAUUGACAAAUACGGGUAUUUUAUGAAAAGUUAUUUGAUGAAUCCUAGAACAUUUGUUAAGAAUUGGGAAGAUAUAGAAGCUAACCAUGAGAAGUAUUUUAACGAGUUAAGAAAUACGAGGAGAGUUUUGCCUAGUAUGAAAUUUUGA